AUGCUCGGUCUCGUUUGGUACAUUUUAUUAUGCAGCAGGGUGCUUGCAGUCUCGGUUGAUCCGUUACCACGCCCGCAGAACGUGACAUGGUUCGGCCAAAACGCAAUCGUUAUCGACUUGGAGAACAUUGAGUUGGAAGAGGAAGCAGGGGACAACAGCUUGGUCCAGGAGGCGUUUGAGAGAGCUGUUGAUGACAUUAAAACCGUCAAAUGGUCACCAUACUUGUACCAGAACGUCACAGCACAUUGUCCCGAGUCAAAAGCCCUGGCUCCAAACGUCGUCACCGUGAACAUCACAGAUUACGAUGCUGAUUUGCAAUUUGGGGUAGACGAAUCCUACCAGCUCAACGUUGACGAGGACGGGAUCAGCAUCUCCAGUGAAACCAUUUGGGGCACGUUGCAUGCGCUAACUACACUACAACAAAUGGUGGUUUACCAGUGUGGCCAGUACUUGGUUGAGCAGUCUGUGCAUGUCCACGACUACCCGCUCUUCAAACACCGCGGGCUCAUGGUCGAUUCAGCUCGGAACUUUUUGCCUGUGGACAAAAUCACCGAGCAGAUAGAAGUCAUGGCCCUUGCCAAAAUGAACACCUUGCAUUGGCAUUUGGUGGAUUCGCAGAGCUGGCCGGUGGAGAUUGAUAGCUACCCGGAGAUGACCGAAGACGCUUACUCUGCGAGCGAAGUAUACACGAAAAAGGACUUGGUUUCGGUAUUGGACUUUGCCAGGGCGCGCGGAGUGCGAUUGGUUCCCGAGAUUGACAUGCCCGGACACGCUCGAGCCGGGUGGAGAAAAGUGGACCCAAACAUCGUGGAAUGUGCCGACCAGUUUUGGAACUAUGCCGGCGUGGAGCCUCCCUCGGGGCAAUUGAAUAUCAUGAACGACGAGACUUACACCGUCAUUGGCGAUGUUUACCACGAGUUGAGCAAUGUCUUCCGCGACCACUACUUCCACGUGGGUAACGACGAGCUUCAGAAGAACUGCUAUCCCGACUCAUGGUACGACAAUGCCACCUUGAGUGAUAUCACCCAGCACUACCUUGACCGCGCCUUGCCGAUGUACAACUCGGUCCCCGAGAGACAAUUGAUCAUGUGGGACGACGUGUUGUUGGCAGACGGGGCUGUCGAGUCACUACCGGGCAACAUCACAUUACAGAUCUGGCACACUGGCUCCGGAAUCAAAAACUUGACUCUGCGCGGUUACAAAGUGGUUGUGUCCCUGUACGACCACCUCUACCUCGACUGCGGCUACGGCGGAUUCUUGACCAACGACUGGAAGUAUGUCGACGCUCCGCAAAACACUCAGUUUAAUACCUGUAAGGGAGGCAGUUGGUGCGGUCCGUAUAAAACCUGGCAGAGGAUCUACACGUUUGACUUUUUGAGCAACUUGACCCAGAGCGAGCAGGAGCUAGUUGUUGGCGCAGAAGCGGUGUUAUGGUCGGAGCAAGUGGACUUUGCUGUGUUGACAGGCAAGAUCUGGCCACGGGCCUCGGCGUUGGGAGAGUCGCUCUGGAGUGGCAACAAGAACGCAAGCGGCGAGUUUCGGUUGUACGAGAUGUCGACGCGUAUUGUAAAGUUUCGCGAGUAUUUGGUCUCCUUGGGUUUUGCUGUGUCUCCGUUGGUGCCGAAGUUUUGUUUGUUCAAUCCGCACGGGUGCGACGCAGAAAGGCCGCCUGUACAUUUUUAG